AUGUCCCUCAAAAUGUAUCACAAUGCAGGAACCUUUUGCGGGGUGCCAGGAUGCAAUGAACGGAAGUUCCUCUUCGGCAGCUGCCUGCGAGAGUUGUUUGCUGUGUGCCAGACAUGCUACCGCCCCUGCAGCGUGUCUAUGAGAGCCACUGGCAUACUACUGACAGUGCGCACCUCUUGCCCGACUGGGCAAUCGCAUCGCUGGGAAAGCCAGCCGUCCAUAAACGGCAGGGCUCUCGGGAAUCUCCUCAUCUCGGCGCUUGUGCUGUUCACGGGGGCCUCUCCAACCAACACUCUGCGCCUGCUCCGUCUGAUGAAUGUGCAAGUCAUCUGUAGCAAGACCUUCUUCAACUACCGGCGAGCCAUUUUGGUUCCCGCUGUUGAGCAGGUGUGGAUGGACGAGCAUUGCAAGCUGUUGGAGGAGCUCCACGACCAGCCCCUUGAUCUUGCCGGCGACGGGAGGUGCCACUCCCCUGGUUACUGCGCAAAGUACCUGACGUACUCCCUGCAUGUACCUGGUCUCAACAAAAUCUUGCACUUCGAGCAGGUUCAGGUGGGAGAGUCUGAGGCGGUUCGCAGCAGCGGCCUCAUGGAGAAGGAAGGCCUCAUCAGGUGCCUGGCCUUCGCAAAGGAGAAGGAGCUGACUGCGCAGUCGCUGACAACGGAUAGACACCGAUCCAUCGCUAAGCACAUGCGGGAGAAGGAGCCAGCCGUCCGCCAUUACUUUGAUGUCUGGCAUGUCUCGAAAAAUUCACCUCCACAUGCUAGGUUCACAGAUGUCGUGGCCAGCAAAUCCCUGCUCAAGGACCUGCGCCAGCUCUCUCCAGAGACGCAGACGUACGGGCUGGAGUCGUUCCACAGCGUAUUGAACAGCUUUGCACCCAAGUCGGCUGCAUUUUCUACGAAAGGAAUGCUCACCAGGACCCGCAUCGCAACGCUGCAUCGGAACGAAAAUGCAAACAGGGAGCAGGCCGUCACCAAAGCUGGUCAACUUCAGUUCAAGGUGAAGUCACCGAAAGCCAGAAAAGGGCAUCACACCGCCCAUCCCGAAAAGACCAAAGCCACUCACGGUAAUCUGGGAGAAUCCCACUCUCUGGUGGUUUGGAAUGUGUUACAGCAUCAUGAGAUUGAUUUCUAUAAAGACCAUAACUACGUCGCAAAGCUUGUGACUCAGGCUGUGGCUGCCCGCAAGGAAAUCGGUCCCCUCAAGGAAGUGUUCGAGCUCGAGGCAAAGACACCACGUCUAUCGAGCAUGACCGAGAGCUUCGACAGGCCACUCAAGGAGGACUUGGUGGCCGCCAGGAUCAGCCGUUUCGGGAAAAAACCACCAAAUGCAGCGGAUUAA